CACCGUGCCGAGCCGCACCAUUUUUUUGUUCACCGGUGAGUUCAACUGGGGGAGAAGGGCUUUCCCAUGUUGAGCUGAAAAUAUUCACACUGUGGGGUAGAAUUUCCAAAAUUGGAUCAGUUACCGCCCAGAAAUUUUGCUCCAGUAACCACGUCCAGCCAACUGGGAGAGUCUCCUCCCGCUGCUUUCCCUAGAUUUUGUCCCAACGAGGCUUGAACUUUACUUGGCGCUGUCCCAUUCAUAUAAAUACCUUCUCCAACAUCGUCCACUUUUUGAUUCCUUACCUCAGGCAGCUGGCUGAUCUCAUAUAUACACACUUUCCCUACAUCUUUUCCCAUCCCUAGUAAGAGUCACUCAAAAUGCCCAAUUCUGGUGACUAUCGCAUGUACGUGCUCUGCGCUUUGGCUAUUGUCAAUUCUGCCACCAACGGUUAUGACGGUUCUAUGAUGAACGGUCUUCAAACCCUCACAUACUGGAAUGAAUAUUUCAAUUUCCCUGACGCACCCACCCUCGGUCUCCUUAACGCCAUCAUGUCUGUUGGUGGUACCAUUGGUGUCUUUGCUGGUCCUCCUGCAUCUGAUAUUCUCGGUCGUAAGAAGGCUAUCAUUCUUGGUUCCCUCAUUAUGCUUCUCGGUGUCGGUCUUCAAACCGGUGCUGCUAACAUCCAAAUGUUCAUUGCUGCUCGUUUCAUUCUUGGUUUCGGUCUUGCCAUCACCUCCAAUGCUGCUCCCACUCUCGUUAUUGAAAUUGCCCAUCCCACCCACAGAGGAAAGAUCACUGCCUUGUACAACACUAUGUGGUACCUUGGUUCAAUUAUUGCUGCCUGGACUACCUUCGGUACCCUUCAAAUCAAGAGUGACUGGGCCUGGAGAGUUCCUUCCGUCAUUCAAGCUUUCCCCUCCAUCAUUCAGCUUUGCUCCGUUUGGUUCUACGAAGAAUCUCCCCGUUGGCUUAUCAGCAAGGGCCGUGACGAAGAGGCCUUGGCUAUUCUUGCUAAGUUGCACGCUGACGGUAACGAUCAAGAUGAACUUGUCCAACUUGAAUACCGUGAAAUUAGACAAACCAUUGCUCAAGAAAAGGAAGUUGCAAAGAGAUCUUACUUGGAACUCAUUGCCACCCCUGGUAACCGCAUGCGUCUUUUCAUCACCAUCACCAUCGGUUUCUUCUCCCAAUGGUCCGGUAACGGUCUCGUCUCUUACUAUCUUGGCAAGGUUCUCGACUCUGUCGGUGUCACCGAUCCUUUCACUCAACUUUUGAUCAAUGGUAUUCUUCAAAUCUGGAAUUUGAUCUGUGCUGUUACCGCUGCCGUUGUCGUCGACAAGGUUGGCCGUCGUCCUUUGUGGCUCGCUUCCACUGCUGGUAUGCUUAUCUUCUUCGUCCUUCAAACUAUCUGCACUGGUGUCUAUACCGAAAAAGGCGUUUCCUCUGCCGGUACUGCUUCCAUUGCUAUGAUCUUCUUGUACUACAUGUCUUAUGAUGCUGCCUGGACUCCUCUUACUGUCUCCUACGUUGUCGAAAUUAUGCCUUUCACCAUUCGUGCCAAGGGUAUGGCUGUCCAAGGUCUUUGCGUCAAUCUUGCUCUCUUCUUCAACUCCUAUGUCAAUCCCGUUGCAUUGAAGGCCAUCGGCUGGAAGUACUACAUUGUAUACUGCGUCUGGUUGGUCUUCGAACUUUUCAUUGUCUGGAAGUUCUAUGUUGAGACCAAGGGACGUACUUUGGAAGAACUUGCUGAGAUCUUCGAUGGUGAUCAAGCUGCCUUGGUCAUCGCUGAAGCCAAGCGAUUGGAAGCCGUUGGUGCCGAGAAGAUUAACAGCGAAGAUGCUGCUUACGGUACCGAGAAGGUUUAAAUUCCAUAUUGGCCCCGCUUGAUGCGGAUGGAAUACACACAUCAUAGUAAUCCUUAUUUUAAAUACUUUAUGUUGCUACUUCAAAC